ACCAGCCAAUCAGCAACCAUCUUGGGUAUUGGGGAGGGAACAGCGGGGAGGAGAUGGCAAAUGCUGAAUAUAAUAUCGUCAGAAUCUUGGUGAGAGGUCUCAGUCGCUCGCUGCCUCCGUUGACUCAACACACAACAUCACCUUCGUCUCAUUACCAGUUGUCACCACCAUGCCAGAGUACAAGUUGGUCUACUUCAACGGCAAAGGUCGCGCUGAGCUGGCCCGCUGGAUAUUCGCUUACGGUGGUAUCCCCUACACCGACGAGCGCAUUGAGAGGGAUGACUGGCCAGAGAAGAAGAAGAGCAUUGAAGGGGGCAGGUUGCCAGUGCUGAUAGUGGAUGGCCAUACACUGCCCCAGUCCCUAGCCAUCGCUCGCUUCUUAGCCAAGAAGGCCGGACUCGUGCCGGAAGAUGACUUCCGGGCUGCUGCUUGCGACGCUCUGGCCGACACCAUCUCUGAUUUGAUGAGAGAAGCACACAAGGUUAUGGUGGCAGAGAAGACCGGGGAAAGUAAGGAGGCCAAGAAAGAGUUCUACAAAAAUCACCUUGAACCAGUUAUGACGCUACUCAACAAACGGUUCGGGGAGAAGGAGUGGUUCACGUCAGACAAGAUUACCUGGGCAGACCUAACAAUUGCCAUUUUCUUCGGAGGAAUCAGAAAGAUGCAUUCUGAGACAUUGGAGAAGUUCCCAGCACUACUCGCCCAUGUCAACAAAGUGGAAGGUCUUCCCAAGAUCAAAGAGUGGAUUGCUGCACGCCCCGAUACCCAGUUUUAAUUUUUUGCUCAAGAGAGAGAGAGAGUAAGAAGGAUAUCCACCAAUAUUCAGAAACGAUUAUUCUUUUCUCUGGAAACAUCAUGGAGGUGAAGGAUGAAAACUACUGGAAGGCAGCUAGAAAAAAAUAAUCACAACCGUCUUAUAAUUUAAACAUGAAAAAUGGACAAUGUUUCUCUCAAUCCUGGAUCAUUAUGAUUUCUUACCAUUUUUUUCGACCUCCACUUAAAAAUGGUCCAGGAUAAACUGUGCAAGAAGCACAAUAUCUUACCAUAGACUACAAACAUUACUCUGAGGCAUAAAAUGUUGAAAGUUUGAUGAAAAAUUAUACGACUUCUCCUAAAAAAAACUAUAAUAUAAAAAAAAAAUCA